AUGAAGUCGACCACUAUCAUCAUCAGCCUCUUGGCUUCGUUUGCUGUUGCCCAGCCUCGCCACGGCCUUAACCACCAGAAGAAGGACCACGGCCACCACCACAAGCGUUCUCUUGUCACGGAGUGGGUGACUGAGACCGUCUAUGAGACCGUCACCAAGUACAUUGACGUGACCGCCACCGAGGUGAUUGUUCCUCCAAAGGCCACUUCAACCCUCAUCACUUCCGUCUCGCAGGCCCACUCCAGCGCUGCGCCCGUGGUCCCCGUGGUUCCCGCCUCUUCUGCCAAGGUUGAGGCUCCUGCUCCUGCUCCUGAGACCACCAGCUCUAGCCAGGCCGCCCCUCCGGUUCAGACAGUCGCUCCUGCCCCUCUUUCCGUGGAGAGCUCGUCUGCUCCGGCCCCAGUUGUUCAGCCCACCACCGCCUCGGUUGCCUCUCCUCAGGCCGUCGAGUCUUCUACGACGGAGUCUACUUCCAGCACAAGUAGCUCCCACAAUGGCGACCUCACCUACUACGAUGUCGGUUUGGGUGCCUGCGGCUUUGAUGACAACGGCUUGGACAUGUCCGAUAACAUUGUGGCCCUUUCCCACGAGAUGAUGGGUACUCAGUCCAACGGCAACCCCUACUGCAACAGGAAGGUUAUCAUCAAGGCCAACGGCAAGACCGUUACCGCCACUGUUCGUGACAAGUGCAUGGGAUGUGCCUUUAACGACAUUGAUGUUUCCAAGAAGGCCUUCCUUGACGUCUUUGGCGCCCUUACCGACGGCCGCAAGAAGGUCGAAUGGGCUUUCUCCGACUAA